GAUGGCUGAACUGGGUGGAGACCACUCUGGAAGCUGAGUGUGAGCCACAGUUUCCCUGUCUCAGACAUGGAGUGCCCAGCGUGGGCACGUUAAACCCUUGGCAGUGACCCAGUUCCUCCCUAGUGGCUGCUGGCGCUGGGGACCCACAGACGGACGGUGCAGCCACUGCCGGGGAGGGAGUAGCUGUCCUGUUAACUCAGCCAUGGAGUGUGUGCGGAUGCUGUGGCUGGGCCUGGUGUUGGCUCUCGGGCUGGGGAGGCUGGGGUCCGUGCGUUGUCAUCCGCAGCCCUGUGGGGUUCCCACACGCCUGGCUGUCCUCCCACCCCGCGCACCUGCUGCCCGAGCCCGUGUCCUCGCGUUCCUGGCGAGGGCCACUGCGGAGCUGAAACCACCCAGCAACCUGAGCCUGGAGCUGGUGGCCCUGGCUCCUACUGCUCGAGACCCCGCAUCGCUGGCCCGAGGACUGUGCCAGGCCCUGUCACCUCCUGGUGUGGUGGCCCUGGUGGCCUUCCCAGAUGCACGGCCUGAGCUCCUCCAGUUGCAGUUCCUGGCAGCUGCCACUCAGACACCUGUGCUGAGUGUGCUACGAAGAGAGCUGCAAGCCCCCCUAGGAGCUCCGACCCCAUUUCACCUGCAGCUGGACUGGGCCAGCCCCCUGGAGACACUGCUGGAAGUACUAGUAUCGCUGCUGCAGGCACAUGCCUGGGAAGAUGUCGGCCUGGCACUCUGCCGUAUCCGGGACCCUGGUGGCCUUGUGGCACUCUGGACAAGCCAGGUUGGCCGGGCUCCAAAGCUCGUGCUAGACCUGAGCCGGCCAGACAGUGGGGACAAAGGCCUAAGGGCUCGCCUGGCUCCGCUGGGGGCACCAGCAGGAGGGGAAGCCCCGGUGUCCACCGCUGUCCUUCUGGGCUGUGACGUGACCCGUGCCCACCGGGUUCUGGAGGCCGCACCACCUGGUCCCCACUGGCUACUGGGCACACCACUGCAUGCCGAAGCACUCCCCACAGCCGGUCUGCCCCCUGGGCUGCUGGCACUGGGUGAGGUGCAUCGGCCUUCACUGGAAGCCACUAUCCACGAUGCUGUGGAACUGGUGGCACAGGCGCUGGGCACCGCAGCCCUUGUGCACUCAGAGCGUGCCCUGCUCCCAGCCCUGGUCAACUGCAACAACUUGCAGUCACCUGGACCUGAGUCAUCCGGACACUUCUUGGCACAGGUCCUGGUCAACACAUCCUUCCAGGGCCACACGGGGCCAGUGUGGGUGACACGUUCCUCAAGGAUACACGUGUCCCGACAUUUCAAGGUGUGGAGCCUGCGACGGGACCCGUUGGGCGCCCCAGCCUGGGCCACAGUGGGAAGCUGGCGCGAUGGCCACUUGGAUUUGGAACCAGCAGCAGCCGCCAUUCGUCCCCCAUCCCUACCAGGCACCCAGGCCCGACCGAAGCUGCGGGUGGUUACUCUGGUGGAACACCCGUUUGUGUUCGUCCGCGAACCCGAUGAGGAUGGCCAGUGCCCGGCGGGACAGCUGUGCCUGGACCCGGGCACCAACGACUCGGCCCGGCUGGACGCGCUGUUUGCUGCUCUGGCCAAUGGCUCAGUGGCCCGCACUCUGCUCAAGUGCUGUUAUGGCUACUGUAUCGAUCUGUUGGAGCGGCUGGCCGAGGACCUGGCCUUCAACUUCGAGCUGUACAUCGUGGGAGAUGGCAAGUACGGGGCCCUGCGUGACGGGCGCUGGACCGGCCUCGUGGGCGACCUGCUGGCCGGCCGUGCCCACAUGGCGGUCAGCAGCUUCAGCAUCAACUCGGCGCGCUCGCAGGCGGUGGACUUCACCAGCCCCUUCUUCUCCACCAGCCUGGGCAUCAUGGUCCGCACGCGCGACACAGCCUCGCCCAUCGGAGCCUUCAUGUGGCCCCUGCACUGGUCCAUGUGGGUGGGCGUCUUUGCCGCCCUGCACCUCACCGCGCUCUUCCUCACCCUGUAUGAGUGGCGCAGUCCCUAUGGCCUCACCCCACGUGGCCGCAACAGGGACACCGUGUUCUCCUACUCCUCGGCCCUCAACCUAUGCUAUGCCAUCCUCUUUGGACGCACAGUGUCCAGCAAGACGCCCAAGUGUCCCACCGGACGUUUCCUCAUGAACCUCUGGGCCAUCUUCUGCCUGCUGGUGCUGUCCAGCUACACGGCCAACCUGGCUGCCGUCAUGGUUGGGGAUAAAACCUUCGAGGAGCUGUCGGGGAUCCACGAUCCCAAGCUGCACCACCCGUCGCAGGGCUUCCGCUUCGGCACGGUGUGGGAGAGCAGCGCCGAGGCCUACAUCAAGGCGAGCUUCCCUGAGAUGCACGCACACAUGCGGCGCCACAGCGCGCCCACCACGCCGCACGGCGUCGCCAUGCUCACGAGCGACCCCCCUAAGCUCAACGCCUUCAUCAUGGACAAGUCGCUCCUGGACUACGAGGUCUCCAUCGACCCCGACUGCAAGCUGCUGACGGUGGGGAAACCCUUCGCCAUCGAGGGCUACGGCAUCGGGCUGCCGCAGAACUCGCCGCUCACCUCCAACCUGUCGGAGUUCAUCAGCCGCUACAAGUCCUCAGGCUUCAUUGACCUGCUCCACGACAAGUGGUACAAGAUGGUGCCUUGCGGGAAGCGGGUCUUUGCCGUCACCGAGACGCUGCAGAUGGGUGUCUACCACUUCUCGGGGCUCUUCGUGCUGCUGUGCUUGGGCCUGGGCAGCGCCCUGCUCAGCUCGCUGGGCGAGCACGUCUUCUACCGCCUGGUGCUGCCGCGCAUCCGCCGCGGAAAUAAGCUGCAGUACUGGCUCCACACGAGCCAGAAGAUACACCGGGCGCUCAACACAGGGCCGGCCGAGGCUCAGCAGGAGCCGCAGGCCAAGAAAGAUGAACCACCCGCUCCAGUUCGCAGCGGCCCAGAGCCCGAAUCCGCGGGGCACUGGAAGCGGGUGCGCCACGCGGUGGAGCGGGAACGGCGCGUGCGCUUCAUGCUGGAGCCCGCCACGCAAGCCAAGGACUCGGACCCGAACCCGGAGGAGCGCCAGUGGUUGUGCCCCAACGGACGGCCUGCAGCCCCGCGGCCCGGGGAGCUGCAGGAGCUGGAGCGGCGCAUUGAGGCCGCACGCGAGCAGCUGCGCUCGGCCCUGCUGCGGCGCGGGGAGCUGCGGGCGCGGCUGGGGGACGCGGGCUGA